AUGAUAACGACGUCGAGAUAUUCAAUAGUAAAUUGUGAAUCUGAUGAAUUUGAUUUAAAUGAAAAUUAUUCAAGCAAAAGACGUCAUAACCUCAGAUCUACUUUAAGGAAGAGGUCAAAAAAGAGAUUAACAAAUGAUCAAUUAAUUCAAAGUAGACAAGAAAAUAUCAAUGUUACAACAAAAAAUCAAGUAAUUAAUAAUGGGAUAAAUUUAGGUCAAAACUCCGUUU